GAGAGAGGGACUCAGAGGAGAUUGUAAGACUGCUUGGGGAACACUGGCACAGUUCAUAGUGGUAGCUCAGUGGCAACGUAACAGGAUUGUCAUUCACUCUCAACUUGCUGUCCGUCAGUGUGAAUCUGUGCACUGGGUCGCUAUGCUUGUUGUGGAACUGAGAAACUCUUACUAACAGACUGCAGAAGGAGGAUAUUUCAGGUUUUUGCAUACUUAGACAUACUUACAACCUUUAGCCAGAGCUGAGGAUGAUGGCAGAAGGGAGGUUUUCUAGUCUGCCCAGGAACAUGCAUGUUGGACGGCAGUGUACGCUUGCAUCUUCUAUGGAUCUGCUGAGCUCACGGCCUGCCAUGGCCGAGAUGCCGGUCAGCGGGUACCAGGGAGUCUCCAUCCAUGGUACCCUGCCUCGCAAAAAGAAGAAUGGCACUAGUUCCCCUGUGAAGCAGUGGGAGAUGAAUGGAAAUAUAGGGUCAUCAGUAGUACCAUACCCGGGCCGAUAUCGCCUGCCACCAUCACCACUAAUACACAACAUUCUCGAACACCAGGCUUUCCACUCAGACAGGAAGAGCAGUGUAACAUCCAAGGACGGUGCAGGCAUGGACCCUACCAUGGAGUAUGUCAAGUUUUCAAGGGACAAGUACAUCAUGGAUGGACCACCAGAGAAGCUUCGGAGGGAACUAGAAGAAGAACUGAAACUGAGCAGUGAGGAACCACGGAGCCAUGCCUGGUAUCAUGGAGCAAUCCCUAGACAGGUGGCUGAAAACCUGGUUCAGAGAGAUGGAGACUUUCUGAUCCGAGACUCCCUGUCCAGCCCGGGAAACUACGUUCUGACCUGCCAGUGGAAGAACACCCAUCGACACUUCAAAAUCAACAAACGCGUGGUAGCCAUGAACGAGGCCUACUCACGUGUUCAGUACCUGUUUGAGAAGGAGGGGUUUGACAGCGUCCCUGCGUUGGUGCGAUACUACGUAGGCAACCGUGAGCCGGUAUCUGAGGUUGUCGGAGCAAUUAUCUUUCAGCCAAUCAACAGAGCUCUGCCUCUGAGAUGCCUGGAGGAGAAAUACGGAGUUGGAUCUAUACGUGUAGAGGCGGGAUACUCUGAGAGAAAGAGCCUGACUUCCAAACGGUUGAGUCUGAAUAUAAUGAACGGACACACCCAGGAUCACACCCUCAGCCAUGGGAACCUCCUCAGCAACAAGGAUAAGUGUGGGAGUCAACCAGCAUGUCUAAACCACGUUCAGGAGAGGAGACGGCCACUGAAGACCCAUCAGUCGGAGAGCUUUCUGCCUAUCGGCUGUAGGCCCCAGGCUCAGGUUCAACAUAUGCAGCACCAGCCGUGCCCCAAAUCACCAGUUUUCCGCACAGGAAGCGAGCCAGUUCUGAGCCCCACAGUGCAACGCAGAAUGGCCUUUGACAGCCAGCCUGGUGCGGCCAUUCGUGGAUCUGACAGCCAGCUGUGUCCCAAACCGCCCCCUAAACCCAGCAAGGUUCCCUCUAUGAGAAUCUCCUGCACCCCAGGCUUGAAGACCCUCUCCCCAACUGCCCCCCCAGUAAAGCCUCAUAAACAUCAACCUUCAUCCCAGCAACAGCAGCAAUCGGGCAGUCCAAAACUAAGCUACUGUGAACUGAGUCCAUACAGCCCUGCCGACUGGGAAAAGAUGAAUAUCUCACAGGCUAACAGCUAUGUGGAGAGGCUAAAGACUGAGGAGGAGUUAAGGACAUUGAUGCCCUACCAUAAUGACAUUGAUGCCCUAAAUAAGGACAGUGAGGAAGACAACGAGGAGAACGUGGGUAAAGAACAGGAUUGCAAGAAAGGUUUCCAAAGACCCGUGUUUGAAACUGAAACCGCGUUCAAACCUGGUGACAUCAACUUCCGGCUUCUACCACUGGAAAACAAGCCACUGGAGAUGACAGUCCUGAAGAAAGCCAAAGAGCUUCUCGUCAGUCAGGAUCCAAAGACCAUCGCCAAACACAUCCUGAAAGCGGACUGUCAGGUUGCCAGGAUAUUAAAUGUUUCAGAGGAGGUGAAAGGUCAAAUGGGUGUGACCUCUGGGCUGGAGCUGGUGACCCUUCCUCAUGGGAGACAGCUGCGGCAGGACCUCAUGGAACGGCAUAACACUAUGGCGAUUGGAGUUGCUGUGGAUAUCCUGGGGUGUACAGGAAGUCUGGAGGAGAGAGCAGCCACCCUAAACCGGAUCAUUCUGGUCGCUCUGGAGCUGAAAGACUCCAUGGGAGAUCUUUAUGCCUUUUCUUUCAUAAUGAAAGCACUGGACAUGCCUCAGAUUACCAGACUGGAUCAUACGUGGACUAGUUUGCGAAGAAAAUAUACACAGUCGGCCAUUAUUUAUGAGAAAUCUUUGAAACCGUUCUACAAAGGACUCUAUGAUGGGAGUGCUGAAAUCCCACUGAGCAAUGCCAGCGUUCCUCUGCUAAUGCCGCUGCUCACCUUGUUGGAGAGGCCUGCGGUCGCCUUUGAGGGAAUGGACGCCUGGGAGAACAACGACCAAGGCUGUGAAAUCAUGUUCCGGCACUUGGAAGGAGCUCGUGCUGUUGCACGCAACGCAGACACAUACACCUGCAAUGCACAGCGGAUCCUCCAAGGAUUCCAACCUAAUGAUGACAUGUUGGAGAUCUUGAGGACUGAUUUCCAGUUGCGUCUGCUGUGGGGCAGCAGGGGGGCAGCUGUGGACCAGACAGAGCGACACGACAAAUUCAAACUCAUCCUUACAGCCCUGUCCAGAAAACUAGAGCCUCCAGUCAAACACACAGAACUAUAAACCAGACACUUUGUGUAGACUCUCUGAACUUCUCUGUGGAGUCGGGUCAAAGGUCAUCUGCAUCUGAAACAGGACGUUCUCUAACAGAAUGUGAGCUUUAAAAGAUCACAUGCAGAUUACAAGUUGGAAGCCAUUUAGGAGCACAAAUGGAACAUGACUAUGGAGAGCUACUUUGUUUCAUAUGCACCUUCCAGAGGUGUGCUGUGCUCCACACUUAUGAAAUGGGCAGGUACCAGUUUUCCCUUCAAGAAAAGAUGGAAGGGUACAUAGAAUAUAUCUAAUGGCCAAUAUAUCAUCCACCCAAAGAAAUACAGAUACUGCUGGAGGCAGAGAGAACACUUCAUGAGAGGUGUAUGGAUGUGCUCAAUCAUUCGACACGUGAAGUGAUGGAUAAGAGAGGACUGAGAUGAUGGACACCACCUUCAGGACAAAUUUGCAGCUCUAUGAAGGAACAUGAUGUAAUUAUACUUGUAUACUUAGAAAUAUCAUGAAGUGCAUUGGUCAAAGCAGUGUUGACAGGUUUAAAAAUACCACAUGGAAAAGAUGUACAUAAUCAUCACUAUAGUGUACGCAUGUAAAGGCUAGUUUGUGUAAUAUAUUGUAUUAAGUGUUAUUAAUCUGUAAAUAGUCACUUAUAAAUGAAUAAUUCUGAAAAUAUUGAAUAAAUAUCUUAUAAAAGUUAA